UGAACAUGACCAAGUAAACAUAACUGUAAUUAAUAGUGAUUUUUCUAACAGAGGAUGGAAAUUUUGAAAUGUGCAAAUGUGUUAAUUGUUUUUAUUUCUUGAAUAUGUCAUACAAGCUGUUGUUUUACAUUGUAUCAGUCACUUUCCGCUCAUGGUUGUGAAUGAAAUUACCACUUUAUCAAAUCUGUUCUUCCGACUGAGUGCUUUCUGGAUUUACCUUCACCAGGAACGCUCUAUCCCAUAAUUUUGAAAGCCAAGGGUGUACAUGUAUACAUGUGAUAUAAAGACAGGUGCAUGCUGAUAGAAAUGAGCAAAAUUCGAUAAAUUAAUUACCAAUAGGUGUUUAAUAAACAUUCAUUUGUCUGCUGGUGGUGUCAUCUGGUAAUUUGAAACAAACAACGAAAUUGAUUUCUUCCAGUUCUGUUUAUGGCGUAUUGUAACCUGUUUCUGAUAUGCCAGCUGUAAUAAAAGUAUACACAUAUACCAUAUAAUAAUGGUAGAGGUCGAUCAACGGAACAGGGUAGUUUUUCUAGGCGCCGGUGGAGUUGGAAAAAGUUCAGUGUUACAGAGAUUUUUGUUUGGAACUUUCAGCGAGAAGUACAAAGAAACAAUUGAAGAUUUGUUUCCUAACGAAUAUGAUAUCAAUAGUGUUAAUUUCAAAGUUGAUUUUCUAGAUACUGCCGGCAAUAUUGCUUUCCCAGCAAUGCGGCGCCUCUCAAUAGUUAACGCUCACGGCUUUGUUCUAGUUUAUUCUAUCACAAAUGAACAAACAUUUGAAGAAGUCAAACAAUUAUGGGAGCAAAUUAAGGAAGUGCGAGAAAAUUAUCAGGAAAUUCCGUGUGUAAUUGUUGGAAAUCAUUUAGAUGAGGAAAAUAAUAGACAAAUUGAAAGAUUUGAUGCUCUUAAUUGGGCUUACAACGAGGACUUAGGCGGAGGGUUUAUUGAAGUUUCUGCUAAAAAUGAUGUAGGAAUUUCUGACGUUUUCCGUCUGUUGUUGCAACAAGUUAAAAAGCCACGUGUUAAGCACCCGGAUCGCUUUUUGCUCCGAAGGAUCAGUGUGCAGUCACUUGAAUGUCCGGAGCAGGGUCAAACUGACAAAGAAGAGUUCAGUGCAGCGGAAAAAUCGAAGUUUUCACGAUGUAGUCGAAGUUUAAUUCGAAGAUCGAGUAAACCUAAAAUGAAACGUUCGACGAAACAAAACGAUGAUUGUUCUAUUUCUUAGCUUUUGUACCUUCUGUCUGUCUUUUAUAAAUAUAUAAACUUAAAAUUCAGAAAUUGGCUACCAAAUGUGCUUAUUACAACUUUUAAAGGGACUAUAUUAUGCAAUGUGAUAAUAACAACAGAAAAAAAUCGAACUACGGUACUUGUCCUUGAAAUGGUUAUCAAUCAUAUAGGCUUGCUCAGUGUUAUUGUAUAAUUAUUUAAUAUUGAUGUGGGGUUACUAUUCAUGUUCUUUUUCAUUUUGAUAAACUAUGAAUUUAUUAUUAAUAUUGAUUAUAUAUAUAUAAUGUUGAAGUGCAUAAACGUCAUUUCAAUGUGACAGUCGUAUGCGUAAAUUAAACUUAUAUUUUUACUGAAUUUAAACUUUUGUUUAAAUUUGAAAGGUUAAAAUAGGACCAAUUCACAUUUUUAUGAAUAUAUUUUCAAAAUUGUUUUUAGUUGAAAUUAACUUUCAUGUCUACCUUAAAGAAAUUUACCUGAUGAUUUGAAAGACGGUGUCAGGCAACAACCACACCCAGGCCAACAACGCUAGGUCAGUUGUGGAAAACAACAAAAUCCUGUUAAAUUCAUUCGAAAUAAGAUAUUAUAUAAUACAUUCUUCCAAGAAAAUAUGUUUAAUAAAGAAGAAGAGUUUUCGCAUUUUAAUUCAAUUUUCAUAAGAAUUCAAACGAAAUUAUUUUAGCCGUAAAGUACAAAAAGCCAUCGAACAUAGAGGGUGCUAUUGUGUAUACAGGUGUGUACAAUACGCUUAUAAAGUAGUACAGACGUGUGUAUACGUAAUCAAUUAUUUUGUAAUACGUUUGUAUGUUUGACUGUGAUAAACUGUGGCUAUUUAUAAUUUAAUAAAAACAGUUUGUCUAA